AUGGCAGAUGAGGUAGUUCUCUUGGAUUUCUGGCCCAGCUUUUUUGGGAUGAGGGCAAGAAUCGCCUUAGCUGAGAAGGGUAUCGACUACCAAUAUAGAGACGAGGACCUACAAGACAAGAGCCCUCUUCUGCUGCAGAUGAACCCAGUUAAUAAGACGAUCCCUGUAUUGGUUCAUAAUGGAAAACCCAUUUGCGAAUCCCUCAUUAUUGUUCAAUACAUUGACGAAACUUGGAAGGGCAAAUCUCCUCUGUUGCCUUCUAAUCCACUCCAACAAGCCCAGGCCAGGUUCUGGGCUGAUUACGUUGAUAAGAAGAUUUUUCCCUCUCUAAGGGAUACAUGGAGUACAACGGGAGAACAACAAGAGGCAGCUAGGAAGGAAUUCAUAGAGGCCUUGAAGGUUUUAGAAGGAGAGCUUGGAGAAAAGCCUUACUUCGGUGGUGACAGUUUUGGGUUCUUGGAUGUGAGCCUUGUGCCCUUCUACAGCUGGUUCUACGCGGUGGAGAAAUGUGGCAACUUUAGCACAGAAGCCGAGUCCCCAAAGAUUAUUGCUUGGGCCAAGAGGUGCAUGGAGAGGGAGAGUGUGGCCAAGUCCCUACCCGACUCGGAAAAGGUCUACAGCUACGUUCUAGAAAACAAGAAGAAGAUGGGUCUAGAGUAA